AUGCUGGUGUAUAAUCUGAUCCGUGAAUUGCAGGCCGUCCUUCGUUAUGAAGUCGUGAGCUCACAUGCUCUACGGUCCAUCAUUCAACUCUAUCGUCACGUGUGUCAGAUGAUCGACUGCUUCUGUGCCGUGUACGGUUGGAUACUGUUGCUAAUUUUUUUCGAACAUUUCAUCAUCAUAACGGAUCGGUCCUUUUUUGCUAUCCACAUGUACCGUUUGGUCCCUGACCUAACCAUUCUGCACGUUUUGGAAAUGCUAAGCGCCUGGGUUCUGCCGUUGAUAGUUAAUGAUUUUCUUUUGACUGGUGCUUGUGCGGCCGCCGAGACGGCAUUGCAUGAGUUUGAAAAGGAUUUGUGCAACUAUGAGCCAAAGCCAAGGUUUCGGCUGCUGAAUGCCCUUAACCUGAACCCCACGCUUCUCUACGCGACGUUUGGCAUCAUAUCAUCCUACCUGACCGUCUUUCUGCAGUUCUCUCCGGUUGAAUAA